AUGGUGAUAUCUUUGGCCCUAUAUGGUGGUUUUUCCUCCUUUAUGGUCCCUGGCUCCUCCCUGGUCCCCCUCCCUGGUCUUCCCUGGUCUUCCUUCCUGGCUUUUCCUAGCCCUCCUCCCUGGCCCCCCUCCCUGGUCUUCCUUCCUGGCCCUCAUCCCUGGCCCUCCUCCCUGGUCCUCCCUGGUCCUCCUCCCUGGUCCUCCCUGGCCCUCCUCCCUGGCCCUCCCUGGCCCUCCUCCUUGACCUUCCCUGGUUCUCCUUCAUGGCCCUCCCUGGUCCUCCUCCCUGGCCCUUAUGGUCUCUUCCUUCUCCCCUGA